AUGCCAGCUCCUCCAGCACCUCCUGCAGAUGUGCCGCCGGCGGCUGCGGAUGGAGCUGGGGGGAUGUUGGCCGACACUCAGCCGGGUUCCCCACCGGAGGCACAUGUCAAACCACAUGAAAAUAGACCUGUUGGACCUGAGAAGGAAGCUACACCACCACUUGUACAAGUACCAGAUGAGACGAUUCCCAUGACUCCAGUUCAAACCAUGUAUAGCCCUGAAAGCCCCCCUCGGGAGACACGUGUGGAUGACGAUGGUCUCCAGAAACGAAAGGCUAUGGCUAUUCCCCUUGAUGAGGAUGAGAAUGGUAAGUAUGAAAUCUUUGUUCCGGUGGCUAUGCCACCCGAAGCAUUGACUGAUAGAGCCAUCUACAUGCGCCUGAACCGGGUCUUCAAGAAGAGAAAGGAUGGGAAUUAUCUACUUGAUGAUUACUGGAACAACGCUUGGGCUGAUAUCGAUGGUGGUGGUCGGGACUCCGUGAAAGCCCUAUUUGAGAAAGACAAGUUCGUCAAGCGAUGCAAGGCCAUUUCCGAGAAGGUGCAAGAGGAAAUCAGUGAGGUCGAAGCGGAAUGGCUAACGGUUUCUGAUAUGGAAAAGUCCAAGAUCAAGGGUGUUAUUCGCUAUUGCGAGAGUCGCCCACAGUUGCAGAGGAACACCAAGCGACACAUCAGUCAGGACAUCAUGGAAUGGGAGGAGGAAAACCCAGAUGGUGAAGUUCCUGAUGCCCCCAAAUUGGAUUGGGGAUUCAUGGCGGGCAAUGGCCAAGAUGGUGAUGCUCCAGCGGUACCAGGUCUGGUGAAGGAUGAGCACGUGGGUGAGGAGUACACGCAGCCUGUGGCAGUCGAGUCCGAGGACGUGAAGCGGGAGAUGGACAAGUUGCAGUUCCCCCAAAUUGAAGGGGACUUGGCCCCCUCAGCGUUGGUCCCCAAAGCAUGCCAGAGUUUGCAGAAACAAGUUGCCAAGCUGGAUUCCUUGUUAGAGAGUGCCAAAGCUGUUGAUCGUCUUACCCCGCUGCAAUCCCGGAUGAAAGACAAGGUGGAGCUUGCCAUUACUAAGCUGACCGAAUUUGAUGAAGAGCUCAUGGACCAGCAUGGGGAAGGGAUCCUUGAUGGCUAUACCCGUGCGCCCCUUGACUAA